AUGCCCACCCGCCGCGCAAGACCCUCCCUCGUCGCCGCCAUCAACGAAGACAUCCCCUCGCUCUCUCUCCCAGAGGUCAAGGCCCGUCUCGAGAGAAACACCGCCCUCCUCGCCUCGCCCCUCUUUGCCUCCCCUCCUGCUGCUUCCUCCGCGGGCUCCUCGUCAUCUUCGUCCGCACAGAUCGUGGAUCCUGUUCGAGACAAGCUCGUCAAGGCCAGGGAGGCACUGCUGAUGCGGGAGCAAGAGCUGAUGAUGGAAAAUAUGGACAUGGAUGAUCCUGGAGGAUCAGGAUCUGCUGGUCCUGCGUCUGCGGCAGGGCAAGACUUUGGUUUCAGCAAGGGCAAGGGAAAGGAAAGAGAAGUGCAUACGAGCGGCAAGAUGCGCGUUCUGGACAGGAUAAGACGUGGUGAAGGGACACUGGCUAAAAAUGGUCUCAUAUUGCCCAUAGACCAGACACUCUCACUUGGCCAGAGAGACUACAUCAACCAAACCGCUUCCUCUCUAUCCUCCCUCUCCCUCGAGGCUACCCGCUCUUCAUCACCGAAACCUAGACACCCGAUAAAUCAUCCAGGCCGGGGAGCCGUACCGAGGAAUCACAAUUCCUCCACAAGAUUAAGAGAUGGCUACACUGCGGAUACGGGGGCGAACGGGACAAGAGGGGAUGGAGGCGGCGGGCCGGGGGUUGAUGGUGUGGGAGGUGACGAUGAGGUUCUUCGUGCCCAGCGGCUCGCUCGUCUGGGCGCCUUUAUGAACUACAAGGGCGACGAUGACGAGUGGUCUGACGAAGACGACGACUCAAUCUUUCAUGAAGAAGACGACUAUCCAUAUAACCCCGAGGAGGAUCGUCCCCAAGCGUUUGAUUUCGAAACGCAGGACGAUCGUCAAGUCGGCUUCACCAGGGAUGGGAUGCCCAGGAGACGAGAGAAUGAAUUAGGAGAAGAAAUUGAUGAAUUUGGAGAGGAGGAUGACGAAUUUGCGGAGGGGAAUGAUGACUAUAGAGAUGGAGAUGGGGAUGAGCCGAGGAGCGGGGCGCCAGGAAGAUAG